AUGCAGCCACAUCAACCAGAGCUGCAAGAGGAUGAGGACGAGGGCUUCAUCGGCGACGAGGGCGGUCUGCCAGACGAUGUAGAGGUUCUGGAUGACCUUGAAGGCAUGCAGGAGGGCAGCAGCGAAGGCGUGAUUGAUGACGACGAAGAGGGACCUUCAGGGGCUCACGCGCAGGUGGACGACGAUUCGAUCCAGCUUUUCGAGGGCCACACCGACGCUGUGCUCGCCGUCGCAUGGAACCCCGCUCAGCCCGACAUGGUGGCCACCGGCGGCCAGGACGACAAGGCCUUCCUGUGGCGGGUCGGGCAGGACGCCUUAGAGGAGACGGGCGGCACCCUGGGCACGUUUGAGCUCUCGGGCCACACUGACACCAUUGUCUCCCUCGCCUUCAGCGCCAGCGGCGCCCUGCUGGCCAGCGCCAGCCUCGACAGCACCGUGCGCGUCUGGUCGGCGCAGGACGGCGCCUGCCUGCGGACGCUGGAGGGCCCCGCCGACGACGUGCACUGGGUGGCGUGGCACCCGCGCGGCGACGUGGUGCUCGCGGGGUCCGAGGACUUCAGCGCCUGGAUGUGGCUGGCGCGCAGCGGCGACUGCAUGCAGGUGUUCUCGGGCCACCGCGGCCCCGUGACCGCAGGUGCGUUCACGGCCGACGGGAAGGCCGUAGUCACCGUCGGCGGCGAGGGCGAUGCGAGCCUGCGCGUGUGGAACCCGAAGACCGGCGAGUGCGCGCUGGCGGUCAGCGGCCACCCCUUCCAUGAGGAGGGCAUCACCUGCCUGGCGCUCCACGGCAGUGGGGAGUCUGUCGCGGCGCUGACGGGCGCGCAGGACGGGAGCCUGAGGGUCACCAACACGCACAACGGGCGCGUGCUGGCGUCGCCGGCGGGUCAUGAGGAGUCUGUCGAGGCGGUGGGCUUCAGCCGCCACCUGCCGCUGGCCGCCUCUGCGGGCAUGGACGGGCGGCUGGUGGGCAUAACGCGGAUCGCGUGGCACCCGCACCAGCCCCUGGUGGCGACGGCCUGCCUGGACGGCAUCGUCCGCUGGUGGGAUCUGCGCACGUCCUUGUGCGUGCGCGCCUGCGGCGGCCACACGGACUGCCUGCAGGACAUCGCGAUCAGCCCGGACGGUUCUAUGGUGCUGACCGGCGCGGACGACGGCACCGCCAGGGUGUUCACGCUGGCCGCCACGUGA